AUGAAGAACAACAACAACAACAACAACGAUUCACUGCAACGUUUCCUUGUUCUCGACGGCAAACAGCCAGGGGAUCCCGCCAAGGCCGUUGAGAGAAUUAUGGAAGUGAUCAAUGGGACUGGCAUGGGAGAAGGGAAAACGGGCUUCCUACGCCUGCCAUUGGGUCUUGAUUGUGUCCUGCGGACGCAGCAAAAGAUAGCGUCGGUGCAGCAAAACUUUGCCGCCAUGCAAGAGACAGCGGCGAGCACGAAUUUUGAUUAG